ACAAAUUGAAAAUAAAAAAUUAUAAAGAAAACAAAGUGGUGUAGUUAUCAUGUUGCAUAAAAUUGAUGAAAAUGUCGCGCCAAAUGCAACAUUGACAUCAACAACAGCAACAUCAACAACAACAAUAAUGGCCCCGACAGAAACAACUGGCAAUGGAACGGAGCCAACAAUUUCAACGCACCUUGCAAACGCGACGGCAACAAUAGAACCAACAACAACAACGGGAGCAACGGCAGCAUCAGCAGCAGCAUCGACAAGUGCAACGGAACAAGAAACAGUCGCUGCAGUUGUUGAUACCGCUGCUGCCGUCGCCGUUGCUGUUGCAGCUGUUGAGGGUCAAGCAAUAGCAACAAUGACAGUGACAGCCAACAAUACAUCGACGCCAUUGCCGUUGUCAGCGGCGACAGAGCACACCGAAUUAGCAACAACAGCUGAUGUCUCAGUCGCUGCCGCUGCCUCUGCCUCUGUCGCUGCUACAACCGGUGCCAGCACAGUUAGCGUUGCGAACGAACCGCAGGCAGAGACAGAGCCAGCAUUCGAUGUUCAGAUGCGUACGCAGCAACAACAGAAAAUAAGAAUUUAUCACGGCGCCAAACAGAGCGCCGUGUGGCUCACCGAUUCGCUCGCAUCCAAUUCCAGCUCGAACAGAAGUGAUGCCGGCUCGAUCGAUGCUACUGGCAUUGGCAGAAGCAGCUACAGCGGCAGCGGCGCCUAUUCUACAGCGCCCAGUCUAUUGCAGCGUAAAUUCUCGGACAGCUCAUUCAAUGCAGCAGCGAUGCCGCGUCGCGUCUCAUUCCCAGAAAGUGAUAAGGAGCUUGUUACUGGAUAUCUCGAGCCGGCCAAUCCAUGGGAAAAAGUUUGUCAGGUGUCGAGCAAAGCCGAGAUCGCCGAUCUGUAUGUGAAAUCCUGUGCUAAGCACCGCACACAGCCGCUGAAAAACAUUCUGGAACACCUGAAUGCGCUGGACUUACACCUGCAGCGGCAACCGCUGCUAUCGCUCAAAGGCAUUCCGCUGACGCCCAACGACUGUGAGCCGCUGGAGGAGAUAUUCAUGCGGGUACAAUACAAGGUCAUCGAUUUGUCAGAGUGCCCGUUGAGCGAGAGCUGCCUGAGCGCGCUCUGCCAGAUGAUUGAGUACUAUGAGGCUGCCAAUGAAUUGGAUAUUUCGUACAAUAAGGAACAGAUGACGCUUCGUGGCUGGGGCCUCUGCACGCACAUGGUUGGCCGCAGCCAGGAGCUGCAGCUGCUGAAUGCCGAAGGCAAUCAGAUAUCAAAGGUGGGCGCCGAGAAUUUGGGCAAAGCGCUGAACACCUCCAAUCUGCAUACGCUUAAGCUGGAGCAUUGCGGCCUUAAAGGACGUCCACUCACCAAUUUCUGCUGCAAGCUGUACCACAACAAGGUACUGAAGGAGCUGUGGCUGGGCUACAACGAUUUGGAUUGCACCGAUGCGCAACAUAUUGCGGAUAUGCUGCGGUUCAACCACAGCAUCGAGCUAAUUGACAUUAGCAACAACAACAUACGAGACGAAGGAGCCAUGUACCUGGUGCAGGCACUGAUCCUGCAGGCCAUCGAACUGGAGCGUCGCAGUGGCUUGCCGCUGCAGCGUGCCCGAGCCAUUGAGGAUGACGAACUUGUGUCGCCCAUGGAGACUACAGCGCCGGUGCCAUUGGACAGCCACAUCGAGCAGUCAGAGGCAAAGACGAUAAUAGCCAGUACAGCGCCAAAUUCCGUUGAAAUUAUGGAGACCGUAGUGGAGCAGCUGCCGCCAACGCCGGCGAUUUCGGCGACAUCGCUGUUGGCAACUGAGGAGCUUAGCAACUGUGAACCAGCCGUUGCCGUUCUAGUGGAUGUGGAUGUAGAGAAUGAUGUUGAUGAUGACAAUACAGAGGACACGGUGCGCACUCUGAGGGGCAGCGGCAGUCAGGGUGCAACUGGACAAUCCAUGCUGGACAAACUGCUUUCGAUGAACAGCGAUAGCAGCAGCGAGGAGGCGCCAUCCAACAUAUCCACCGACACUCUGGCCGCCUGCUGCUCCGAGGACAUUAGCGAGAUCAGCAAUGAUAUUUACGAUGUGGCUGACAAAUUGUCCUCAACAGCAACAUUGACAACAUCCAUGGAUGAGUCAACAGCGAUGCCGCUAACUGCUAACUGCAUGUCGCCUGUGGCGCUGGUUAGCCCUAGCCUGGAGCAAAUAACUCCACCAACCCAACAGCAACAACAGCAAAGUUCCCAAACUGAACGCAACUUAUGUGAUAUUACUCCCUCAACAGAGGCUAAAACCGUUGAACCCAAUGAAACCUGUGUACAGAAUAACAACAAUGCUAAUUCCCACAAUAAUAUUAACAACAACAACAACAAUCAUAAUAAUAAUAAUCAAGUUAUAAACCAAAUACCAGCGGCUGAGGCCGACGUCGCAGCCGGCGAAGCAGCACCCAUAUACGAGGUAACCGCCGAAGAGAGCGACUGCAUCAAUGGCAUCGAGGGGCCGAGUGGCUCACGACCGCUGGACAUGAAUAAGAAUGCGAAGACUGGAGACGAUUUCGAGGAUACGCACAGCAUGGAUUCGGCAUUUGAGAGUGCAUCGGAGGGCGAUAUUAGUCGCCACCUGCCAGACGAGUUUAGUCGACUAUCUGUGUCGCUGGAGAGCACGCGACUAGAUGAUAUGGCUAAGGAGAUGGCCAUUGAGACGGCAACUAUAGCCAGUGAGUCAACAGAGUGCUUGCUGGUGGCUGAGGAGGCAGCCUCGGCUGCCACGGUUGCCUCCGAGCCCGCACCAGCUGUAAACCUCAAGCCGCCGGUCGAGCCGGUGGCACCCGAAGUGAUUGUGGCGGCGGCGGGGACAAAGGUAAAGAUUGCCGCUAUUGAUAAGGAGCUCAGUGCCAGUCCAAGCCCCAGUCCAACACCUACGCCCCCACCGCCAUCAACAUCACCGGGCGGCAUCAGCAGCGGUCUGCGUCGCGUGGAAACCAGCUGCACCUACCUCAACCAGUCGACGCGCAAUCGUUCCCAGAGCUCGGAUAGCCUGUACAGCGAGAAUUCGCUGGACUGCAGCACAACCGCUGCCGAUCCACAUCUCGCCGAGAAGCUGACCAAGAACGAUACACUGUCGCGCCGCCAACUGGUCGAUCCCAUGUUGGAAGCGGCCAAUCGCCAGCCCAGCGGCCUCAAGGCGCUCGCCCUGUGGAGCAAUAAUUUGACCAAGGAUUGCGGUCCCUGCAUCGCUGAGCUGCUCUCGCGCAGCUCGUCGCUGGAGCUGCUCAACAUUGGCAAGAACUGCUUGUCCAAUGAUUUCGUGGCCACCAUCAAGGAUAGCCUGACCAAGAACACAACGCUCACCACUCUCGGCCUGCAGAGCGCCCAUCUGAGUGCCAAGGGCAUCGAGACGCUCGCCUCCAUCCUGACCUUUGGCGGCAACAGCAAGCUGCAGCGCAUCGACAUUCGUGACAAUAAACUAGAGGUGGAAAGUCUGAACAUAAUUGCCGAGGUGCUCAAGUCCAACAAGACGAUCACCCAAAUUGAUAUCAACGAUGAGCCCAAACGUCUAACGAUUGGCAGCGAUGCGCAUUUGGAUUAUACGCGGGUGUUGGGCAAGGUGCGCUCCAUGUGCUCACGCAAUGAGAAGAUGCAGGCGGAGGAGCUGGAGCUGGCGGAGAAGGCGGCGAACGUGGGCGGUAAUGGCAGCAGCAGCAACAACAAUAGCAGCAGCAACAGCAGCAGCAACGGUGCCAUCGGCGGCAACAGCAUCAUCAAUCGGUGUCGCGGCGGUUACUACUUGGGCUCGCGGAAAAUAUCGCUGACGUGCCACAGUCGGCCGCUGGUGGACGCAGCGACUGGCACUGUGACCGCUGCGCUAGCAGUAACCGCAAUGCCCACGCCGGCUGCCCAACUGGAGGUGAAGCGCAAGACGAAUGCGCGUCUGCGCUCGCCGGGUCCCAGUCCGCCCACGAUAUCGCCGUCCUCCUCGCCUAAUCGCAGCCGCUUUCAUGUGUCGCGCGUUAACGAGAUCAAUAGCCCGCUGACCUCGCCGCUGGCCCAAAUGCCACCGCAGCAUCCGCCCACGCCGCGCUCGGCCAGCAGCUGCAUGUCCAUACCGACGGCCACCGCCGGCAUCGGAUGCAGCGGCAGUGACGCAGGCGUCGGCGGUGGCAGCGGCCAGCUACUCAGUCCGAGCAGUCUGAAUGCCAUUACCACGUUGCCGUUGCCGUCGCCGUCGCCGUUGCCAACGUCCAGUUCGCUGCCAUCGAUGGCAUCCGUGACCUCAUCCACACAGACCAUCAAGCGGCUAUCCGUGUCGCCGCGUUCGCGUUUUCAUGUCUCGCGCAUCUACGAGGAUCCGCAGACGUCACCAGUUAACUUGCCCCCAACGCCGAUGCUUAAGUCGGCGCGCAAGGCAGCCGCCCAGCUGGCUGAGGCAACCAGCAGCGUAGCAGCGACCACAAUAACAGCCACAGCGACAACAACAGCAACAACAGCGAUGCCCAUCAGCAGCGUGAUUAUUGUGGAGCCAUCGCCACCCACCGUCGUCGCCGCCGCCGACGCCGACGCGGACGCCGACAACAACGACAACGCACACCAACAAAGUACAAAUGGGGAGCAGGAGGCGAUACAGAAGCUGUCGCCCAACUCACCCAGCACCUCAUCUAGUUCAUGCAGCACCUCGCCCGUAUCUAGUGCAACAAAUAGUAGCAGCAGCAGCGGGGCCUCCACCGAUCUAACAGAUAACUCUGGCUGCACAGAGCCAGCGGCAAUAGUUGCUGUCAAGAGUUGUCCCAUUGCUGUGUUUGGUGACAAUGAUAUCACGCUCACCAAAGACUCGGCAGCCGGUGCGGCACUCUCAGCAGUUGCAGCAAUUGUUAAUGAGGUAGACUCCACAGCGACUACACCAGCAACGGGUCAACAACAGCAGCAGCAGCAGUUGCCACAACAGCAGCAACUGCAACCGGCGAUACGUGCACGCAAAUCAUCACGAAUUGUCAAUCCAACCACUGCUCACAAGCUGCUCAAUCAACUGUUCAAUCCGAGCACCAUGUUCCAGCGCAGUUCAUCACCGGAAUCAAAGCCGCCGGCAGCUCCGGCCUCAGCCAUGGCUCCGCUCGCAAACAACGCACAGAAUACAACAACAAACACCGCAAUGGGUAACAGCGGCGAUGUGAACGUAACGUUUAUGGCGUCGCGAAAGACAACGCCGCCAUCGAGAAGCAAUAGCUGCUGCAGCAGCAACACGACAAUGGGAGCAGCAGCGUCUUUGGCAGCAGGGAUGGGUGCAGGGUCGGCAGCGACGGGUGCAUUUGGCUUGGAGAUGAGCGGUGGCGGCAGCUCGUUCCUGGACACGGCGUCGCGUCAGUUGCGUGAUUUGAGGAAACAAAUGUUCCGGCCGAACCUCUCGUUCAACAUUGGUAACGACAGCGUGAGCAGUGCGGGCCAACUGGAUGUCAAUCCCAGUGCGGUUGCCAUGACGAUAUCGCCAAUAUUGAGCAAUGUUGCCGAGUCGCCGUCGUCACCUGAACGCAAUGCGGUGCACAUGCCGUUGUGCCUGAAGCGUGAACUCAAGGAGAACAUCUCGCCGGAGCAUACCAUCAACGAGGAGACGUUGCACACGCUGCAGAAGCUGUCGCGUGUGGAGGAUAUGGCGCUGAAAGCAGAGGCUGCCGCCGAGCUGGGUGACAUUGAGAUUGUGAUGCACAGCGAGCUGGCCGACAUGCCAGAAGCCGAUCAGCAGCCACAGCAGCAGCAGCAGCAGGAGGAUCUGGGGGCAGGUUUGGGUCAUUAAAUACUUGGCCCAAUGAAAGCAACAAAAAUGACGUGUGCAAUUUGACAAUGUUGAGCAGGAAAAUCAGCAAAUCAGCAAACACCCACCUCAGCAUUCCCUCUCUCUCUCUAUCUAUCUAACAAGUAACUCUCUAUCUUUCUCUCUGUCUGUCUCUGUAGCCCACCCUCUGUCAAGAUACUAAAAAGCAAAGGCCAUAUUAUUGCUGUGCCCCUUUGCUUCUCCUCAGCCCAACCGCACACACAUAAACUGUUAACAAUAAGAAACAACAAAAAGUACACAAGUUUUAAACAUAAC